AUGGCCGGCAAGUACGCCAAGGAUCAGCCUGCGGGCUUUACCAACCGCAUCGAGAGGGUCGCCAUCAUCGGCGCCGGAGGCCAUAUCGGCAGCCACCUGACGCGGGCUCUGGUGGCCACCGGCAAGCAUAAGGUGACGGCACUCACCCGCAGAGAGAGCAAGAACGAGAUCCCCUCGGGCACGACGAAGGUGUACAUCGACUACGGCGAUCCGGAGUCGAUCGUGUCUGCUCUGCAGGGCCAGCAGUUUCUCAUCCUGACGCUCAGCGUGUUCGGUCCGGCGGCCGACACGGCCGCCAAGGUGAUCGCGGCGGCAGCCAAGGCGGGCGUGCCGUACGUGAUGCCCAACGGGUUCGGGAUCGACUUCAGCGACGACAAGUUUGCCGAGGAAGCCCUCUUAGGGGUCGGCGUGCGGGCGCAGAUCAAGGAGGUCGAGGACCAGGGCGUGUCGAGGUGGGUAGCGCUGGUGUGCUCUUUCUGGUAUGAGCACUCGCUGGCGCUGGGCGAGAGCUGGUUCGGCAUCGACAUCGACGACAGGACGGUGACGUUCCUGGACGACGGCAAGACGGCAAUCAACUCGUCCACGUGGGAGCAGUGCGGGCGCGCCGUGGCCGCCUACCUCAGCCUGCCGGAGCUGCCAGCUGACGAGAGCGACGGAGGCCCGACGGUGUCGCGGUGGGCCGACAGGCCGCUGCGCAUCUCGAGCUUCGUCGUCUCCCAGCGCGACAUGCUCGACAGCCUCAACCGCGUGCUGGGAACCACCGAUGCCGACUGGAAGAUCACGCACGAGCCCACGCACGAGAGGUACCAGAAGAGGCUUGCCCUCAUGGGAGAAGAGGGCCCCAACCUCGUCCGCGCAAUGAUAGGCGCCGCGUACACCCGCGCCUUCUACCCCAACGGUGACGGACAGUACAAGGACGACAACGAGGCCAUCGGCUUGAAGGAUGAGGACAUUGACGACGCCACCAGGUCCGCACUUGCUCUGCUCAAGUCUGGGUACAAGGCCAGUGUCUUCAAAGGGGCUGGACUCUUGUAG